AAAAUUCUGAUCUUUGAAUAUUUCAUUAUAAAUGUCGAUUUUUCAGCUCAUUUCCGAGAAUCCCUUUUGCCGAUUAUUAAGGUUAAGGUUUCAAUUACCAGAAUUGGCUCCAUAAGAAAUAGCCUCCAGGCUUUUUAUAGGAAUUCAAAAAGAAUAAUGAGACAUUGGCUUAACAAUGGUUGAUAUCAGUGGUUCAUUAUUGAGGUUGCUGAACAGUUCAGACCUUUUUAAUUCCUAUAUCUUCGCAUGGUUGGUUACUGGAUCUCUUGGACUUUUGGUUGUUAUAUAUGUAUUGCUUAAGUGGCAACGGAAGACAUCUCUCAAUUGGGUUAAAGCUGCUGCUGUAGCAAAGAAGCAAGUGUGGGAGAAACUGAAGGUUCCCUUAUCCCAUCAUACAUGGAUUGAAGAUUUUGCUUAUGAUGUACAGCCAUCCACAUGCAGUGUGUGCCUCUCAUCACUUGUUUCUCCACAUAACUUAAGUACAAAAGCUGCAUCACAUUCUCCAGUACAUCGUUGCUCUAUUUGUGGUAUCGCAGCCCAUUUUCGUUGUUCUCAAUUUGCCGCAAAGGAUUGCAAAUGUGUUGCACAGGUCGGAUUAAGCCAUGUGCGGCACCAUUGGUCCGAAAGAUGGAGUAACUUGGAUGAAAAUCCUGAGAUGUCUGCAUUUUGUUUCUAUUGUGAUGAACCUUGCGGUGUUCCUUUUCUUGAUGCAUCUCCUACUUGGUAUUGUUUAUGGUGUCAACGGUUGAUACAUGUCAAAUGCCAUGCCAAGAUGUCUGAAGAAUCUGGUGAUAUUUGUGAUUUGGGUCCUCUCAGGAGGCUUAUUCUCUCUCCACUCUAUGUUAAAGAUGUAGAAGCUGAGACAAAAGGUAGUGCAAUGUUAAGUUCUCUGGCAGAAAAAAUGAAUGCCAAUGGGCACAUCAGACGAAAGCGUCAUCGAAACAAACAUGGAAAUGACCUCAGAAAUAAUAAAGUGCAAGGCAGUUCUGCUGCAAAGCGAGCUCUGGAAUAUGUGAUCAGAUCCCUGGUGGCUUUGAAGCUUUCCAACAGUGAGAAGAAUAAUGGCUACUCUGUAAAAUGUAACAAGCUGGGUGGCAGAAAAGGUAGCCAGAACAGAUUGGCCUGGAACAAUCAGGAAAAUAUAAUCUUGGGCAGAUCUAAGAAGUAUGCACUAGUGGAUUUGCCUCAGGAUGCUAGACCUCUUUUGGUUUUCAUAAACACUAAAAGUGGAGCUCAAAAUGGUCCCGCUCUAAGAAGGAGAUUAAACAUGCUGUUGAAUCCUGUUCAGGUAUUUGAACUUGGUCAGUCCCAAGGGCCUGAAGCUGGUUUAGAAUUAUUUAGUAACUUGCAAUACUUCCGUGUCUUGGUCUGUGGUGGUGAUGGGACUGUUGCAUGGGUCCUUGAUGCAAUUGAGCGGCAUAACUUUGAAUCGCCUCCACCAGUAGCAGUUCUUCCUCUGGGAACUGGAAAUGAUUUGUCUAGAGUCCUGCAAUGGGGUGGUGGAUUUGCGAUGGUUGAAGGGCAAGGUGGACUAAGACCCUUUCUGCAUGAUUUGAAUCAUGCUGCCAUUACAAUGCUUGAUCGUUGGAAAGUCAACAUAAUUGAAGAAAAAUCUGCCUAUGACACUCCUAAGGUGCAAUCGAAGUUCAUGCUGAAUUAUUUGGGUAUAGGAUGUGAUGCAAAGGUUGCAUAUCAAUUUCAUAUGAACCGGGAAGAAAACCCUGAGAAGUUUAACAGUCAGUUUGUAAAUAAAUUGCGAUAUGCAAGAGAAGGUGCUAGAGAUAUAAUGGACAGAACUUGUGCAGAUUUGCCAUGGCAAGUAUGGCUUGAAGUUGAUGGAAAGGACAUAGAGAUCCCCAAGGAUACUGAGGGCUUGAUUGUGCUAAAUAUUGGUAGCUAUAUGGGUGGAGUUGAUCUGUGGCAAAAUGAGUUCGAGCAUGACGAUGACUUCAACCACCAGUCAAUGCAUGACAAAAGACUCGAAGUUGUUUGUGUUUCCGGAGCAUGGCACCUUGGCAAGCUACAGGUUGGACUUUCUCAAGCGAGGAGGCUAGCCCAAGGAGGAACUGUAAGGAUACAUGCUUCUAGUCCUUUCCCUGUCCAAAUUGAUGGGGAGCCUUUCAUACAGAAACCGGGUUGUUUAGAAAUAACACAUGAUGGACAGAUGUUCAUGCUGAAGAAGGCAUCAGGAUCCAACGAGCCUAGAGGUCACGCGGCUGCUAUUAUGACAGAGGUUCUUGUGGAUGCUGAAUGUAAAGGUCUCAUAACUGCAGCUCAAAAGAAGAUACUUCUUCAGCAGAUUGCUCUCCAGCUUUCUUGAUUAUUUUUUUCCACCUUUGGUGAAUAUUUUUCACUUGACCUCAUUCAGCUCAUACAAACACAACUUUAGUUCUUUUCUUCUCUUUUGUUUUCUUACUCUUUUUUUUUUUUUCUAACCAGUAGGAAAAACUUUUGUACACUAAAGAGAGUGAAAGAUAAUUUUAGACAUAGGUUCAUAUAGAAGAUGUGAGUUCCAAAUGUAAAUUUUGAGUAUACAGUUUUCUUAUACUAAUAUAAUAGGGAAUCUCUUAAAAACUUUUGCAACAUGAAGAAUUCGUUGUGGUUUGACAAAGGUAUCUAUUAUUUCAUUU